AGGAAUUCUAUACCACCGAAGGUGGCAACCCUAUGCUGAACCUCUGGGUUGGAACAGUAACUUCAUUAUAUAAAAUAGAGUAUUUCUAGCCAUAUUAGUGUAUAGGCUUUAAUUCUCCUUUCAGAGGAUAAUCAAUCCCGUUCUACCUAACAAGACACAGUAUUAAUAACACUAAAGUAUGAGUUGAUGUGAGAAAAAGAGAAACUGAAAGCGUCACUAGGUGAGUCACAGGAAACAGGAUACAGGAAGAAAUAUCACAGCUCGAGAAAAAACUUUUGCCUUUUGUUCUUGGACACGCUGGCAGUAAACUGAAAAUUUUAAGUAUGGAAUUACUGAAGAGUAUCCUUAAAAUUGCACACAAUAUAUACAGUCUGCAUGAAAAAGCCAGCUGCAACAAGAAGCAAUGCAACAGACUGAGAAAAAGGAUCGAGCUCCUUAUGGUGCCUGUGGAGAAGCUUAAUAAACAGGCAAAAAUGCGCAAGGACCAUGAUGACAUUUUGCAAGAACUACUGUGUACCAUGAGCAAUGCAGAAUCAUGGAUCCAAAAAUACUCCAAUCGAAUGUGGUUGCUAAAGUUUAUUAAGGCCAACAGGAUUAAAGAAGAGUUUGAUCUGAUCAAUGAUAGGCUGAGAGAUGCUGCUGAAGCCUUGAUUAUGCUGACAUCAGUGGAACACACUCAAGAUUUUCUAAAAUAUUUUGAUGAAAAAGAGUGGAAGAAACAGAAUAUUAAGGCUAUUGAAGCGGAUAUAAAUGACAUAAAAGAAUACUUAAAAGGUGAGAUGGGCUCAGUAGCAGAAAACGUUGUCUAUGUGGCUGACAAAGUGGACUCCAUGAGCAAUAAAUUUGAUAAUAUGACUACAAAGAUGGACAGACUUGAAGAUCUAUACAAAAAUCUUGAAGCACAAUUGUUCUCAGGAAUCCGCAUGCCCUGGAAUCCUAAAAUAAUUCAAGCUGCAGAUCUGGUUCAAACAGAGCUGUUAAUGGAGACUCGUGACUGUUUACUUUAUAGAGGCGAUUACCAUAAGAGUCCAGUUACUAUAAAAGUCUUAAAAGGAGAACUGAGCAAAGACAAUGAAACAGUAAGAAGAUCAUUUGACAGUGAUUGUAAAACCAUGAAGAAAUUUGAAUGCAUGAAUAUUUUGCGUCUGUAUGGUAUCUGUAUCGAUAAUUCAAAGAGUGAGCCUUACUACUGUAUGGUGACUGAAUUCUGUGAGAAGGGGACUCUCAGAGAGCUGCUAAGCAGCGACAAGAACCUCCCGUGGGAGCAGCGUAUUCUUAUGGCCCUGGAUGCUGCAAGGGCAUUGUAUAGGUUGCAUCAAUCCGAACAUAAAACUGUUCUUUAUGGGAAUCUAAGCAGCUCCAAAUUCCUAGUGGAUGGAAAUGGCUGUUUGAAGCUUUAUGGGUUUGGGCUUUCAAAGACAGAGUCUUCCAUGAGGCGCAGCUGUAAUGUGAAGAAGCGGGAGAAGAACACAGAAUGGAUAUACACUGCUCCUGAAACUUUAAAGGAUAUCAAUGCAUAUGAUAAGCAUAGUGAGAUUUACAGCCUAGGAGUUGUGUUUUAUGAGAUUGCUUCUGGCAACAUCCCAUUACAAGGGUUGCCUGUCUCAGAGAAGUUGGAAGAAGUAUAUCAGCUGCUGUCCACAGAGAUGGAAAUGGGAAUUCCUACUGAUUGCCCAACAAUCCUACAAGAUCUUAUCAAGAAGACAACAGACAUCAAUCCAAAAAACCGCCCUUCUGCUGGAGCUGUUGUGGAUCUGCUGCUAAAUCACCUAAACAAGGAAGCAAAUCAUGAAUGAAAAUUCAUACAUGAAUUUUUUUUAAUAAAGUGACAACACCCAUAAUUGAUUGGCGCAAGUUGACUCCGUCUACUAGUCCUGGUGGAUUGGGCCUAACAGACCUAUAUCUGUACUACUUGGCAAGUCAGAUCUACUACAUAAGAUGGUGGUUUGAGACAAACCCUUAUAAUCCCAAAUAUGACUAGAUCAUUAGAGGGACUUAGAUUUUCCAAUAUAAAACAGCAUCUGAUUA